CGUUAUUAUAGGAAAUAGAAGCCAAUAAUGGGUCGCGUCAUUCGUGCACAACGUAAAGGUGCUGGGUCCGUCUUCAAGGCCCAUGUCCAUCACCGUAAAGGUGCCGCCAAAUUGAGGUCUUUGGAUUUCGCUGAACGCAAUGGCUACAUUCGCGGUGUUGUCAAGGAAAUCAUCCACGACCCUGGCCGUGGUGCUCCUUUGGCUGUCGUCCACUUCCGUGACCCCUACCGCUACAAGAUCCGCAAGGAGCUCUUCAUUGCUCCCGAAGGUAUGCACACUGGACAAUUCGUCUACUGCGGCAAGAAAGCUACCCUCCAAAUUGGCAAUGUAAUGCCCAUCGCUACCAUGCCUGAAGGUACCAUCAUCUGCAACUUGGAAGAGAAGACCGGUGAUCGUGGCCGUUUGGCUCGUACUUCUGGCAAUUACGCCACCGUCAUUGCCCACAAUCCUGAUACCAAGAAGACCCGUGUUAAGUUGCCUUCCGGUGCCAAGAAGGUCGUCCCAUCCGCCAAUCGUGCUAUGGUUGGUAUUGUUGCCGGUGGUGGUCGUAUCGACAAACCUAUCUUGAAGGCUGGCCGUGCCUACCACAAAUACAAGGUUAAGCGUAACAGCUGGCCUAAGGUUCGUGGUGUUGCUAUGAACCCCGUUGAACAUCCUCACGGUGGUGGUAACCAUCAACAUAUUGGUAAGGCUUCCACAGUUAAGCGUGGUACCUCUGCUGGUCGCAAGGUCGGUCUUAUUGCUGCCCGUCGUACUGGUAGAAUUCGUGGUGGCAAGGGUGACUCCAAGGAUAAGUAGAUUGCUAAGUAAUAUUAAUAUCAAUAGAUUUGAUAUAAUUGUCGUCAUCGUUA